AUGCAUCAUAAUCUUUUUACGGAAUUGCUUUUCGAAGAUCCAGAUAGGUUUAGACGAUGCCUUCGAAUGAAUACUGCUAUAUUUGAAGAUCUUGUAGAAAAAGUAACUCCCUUUAUUAAAAAACAGGAUACACAUUUGAGACAAAGCAUUCCACCUGCUGAGAGGUUGUCACUCACCCUACGACAUCUUGCAACAGGGGAAAGUCAGGAAUCUCUUCGUCUCACAUAUCGGAUUGGUCAGAGUACCAUUUCAGGUAUCAUUAAGGAAGUAUGUACUGCGAUUAUUCAUGUACUACGUGAAGACUAUCUUAGAAUGCCAUCAUGUGAGGAUGAAUGGAGAGUCGUGGCUAAUGAUUUUGGUUAUCGUUGGAAUUUCUAUAAUUGUGUUGGAGCCAUGGAUGGCAAACAUUUUAAAAUUGAUCCACCAUUACGAUCAGGAUCAUUAUAUUAUAAUUAUAAAGACAGUUUUUCUGUUGUAUUACUGGCUGUUGUAGAUGCACAACUCAGAUUCAUAUAUGUAGAUGUUGGUACAAAUGGCAGAAUAAGCGAUACAGGCAUAUGGAACAAAUGUAGUUUAAAAGCCCAUCUCGAUAAUAAUAGCUUAAAUAUUCCUGCACCAACACCUUUGCCUAAUAUAGAUAAAGAAUUUCCAUUUGUAUUCGUUGGAGAUGAAGGUUUUCCUUUAAGUACAAAGGUUCUGAUACCUUAUUCACGAGAUACAUGUGGGAACAAAAAUAAAAGGAUAUUUAACUACAGAUUAUCCAGAGCGCGUAAUAAGUCUGAAAAUGCUUUUGGGGUCAUGGGAGCAAGAUUUCAAAUUUUUAGAUCAGCAAUGCGUUAUGAUCCUGAUGACGCAUCAACAAUUAUAUUAGCUUGCUGCUGUCUACAUAAUAUGUUGAGAACUGAAGUAGUGGGAAGACAUAUGUAUACUCCUCCUGAAUUUAUUGACGAAGAAGAUGAAUUCCUACAUAGAUUUCAUCGAGGGGAAUGGCGGCAAGAGCCUACUCUUGGAAUGAUAAAUUUGAGAAAUCAAGGAGGCAAUCGUCAUGCUAAUGCUGCCUUACAACUCAGAGAUGACUGGUGUAAUUAUUUCAAUGGAGAAGGAGCUGUUCCAUGGCAAGACUAUAUGAUCAAUAAAUGA